AUGUGCCUCUUGUUUUUAUUUCAUUUCGUAAUUUUUUAUCAAUUUUCAACAGUAUUUUCAAGUAAUUUCGGUCAAUACGACUUAGUAGCACAUGAAAAUAAUGACGGUACAACACGAUUUUUUGUUGUCGGUGAUUGGGGUGGUUUACCAUUCUUACCCUAUGAAACUCCAUCGGAAGUUGCUAUUGCUGAAGCUAUGGGUAAAAUGGGUAACAAAUUAAAUACAAGUUUUCAAUUGGCUUUGGGAGAUAAUUUCUACUUUGAUGGUGUCCAAUCAGCUAAAGAUCCUCGAUUUCAAAAUACAUUUGAACAUGUAUUCUCAGCGACGUCAUUGCAAACACCGUGGUAUGUUAUUGCAGGUAAUCAUGAUCAUUUAGGUAAUGUUUCAGCACAAAUUGAAUAUGGUAAAACAUCAAAACGAUGGGUAUUUCCUGAUUAUUUUUAUUCAUUUUCUCUAUGGCAAAAUGAUAAACAAAAUAAACUGAUUGAUUUCGUCAUGAUUGAUACUGUUGUACUUUGUGGUGGUGGAAAUUUAUCCGAUUGGGAACACACUGCAUUAGCAGGCCCAAGAAAUGAAAAUGUUGCCGAAGCUUAUUGGCAAUGGAUCGAAGAACAACUUCGCCAAUCAACUGCUCCAUAUUUAAUUGUCAGUGGUCAUUUUCCAAUAUAUUCAGUUGCCGAACAUGGUCCAACACAAUGUUUAGUUGAUCGACUUCGACCGUUACUUCAUCAAUAUCAAGCAACAACUUAUCUAUGUGGACAUGAUCAUAAUCUUCAACAUUUAGUUGAUGAUAUGAAUGGAACACAUUUGAAUUAUUUUGUUGUUGGUGCUGCUAAUUUUAUUGAUAAUAGUCAUGCGCAUGAACAAGCUGUACCACCAAAUUCACUUAAAUUUUUUUGGGCUGGCUCAAUCUUAUUCGGUGGUUUUGGUCUAAUUGAAGUUGAUAAUACACAAAUGAAUUUUUCAUUUAUCGAUCGUUCCGAGAAAACGUUAUAUCAAAUAAACAUGAAGCCACGUUUUUGA